GCGGUAUAGGGAAGAUCUUGGGAGGAGAAGGGAAAGCAAAAUCUGAGGGGUAAAAGGAAAAUCUGAGAUAGCGCAGAAAAUAAAAAUAUUCAUUCGUGAAUGACACGGUUGACGACACCUCUCUCUCUCUCCCCACCAUUGACGGUUAGUCUCACAACGUUCUCAUCUGUUUCUCUCACUACUUUUCCCUCUGCUUCGAGCUUACUCCGGCGAACUCCAACUGCCGACUGGAUGCUUAGUUUGAGGUACCCAGCAGCGAUUUUUACCAGAAGAUUAGAGUCGAUUGAAUUUUCCAGGAGUAUUAGUAGCGUUGUGGUAUGUGCUGCAAAAGGUCCUCGACCAAGAUAUCCUCGAGUAUGGAAAACCAAUAGGAGAAUUGGGACCAUUUCCAAGUCAGUGAAGUUUGCUCAAUGUGUAAAGGAUUUAUCAAAUGUCAAAGAGGAAGUAUAUGGGGCUCUUGAUUCUUUCAUUGCAUGGGAGUUAGAGUUCCCCUUAAUUACAGUGAAGAAAGCUAUAAAGCUCCUUGAGACUGAAAAAGAAUGGAAGAGGAUAAUUCAGGUAACAAAAUGGAUGUUAAGCAAAGGUCAAGGAACAACAAUGGGAAGCUAUUUUAUAUUGUUAAAUGCUUUAGCGGAGGAUGGAAGACUUGAUGAAGCUGAAGAGCUGUGGAUGAAGUUAUUUUCAGAGAAUCUGGAGAGCACACCUCGCAUGUUUUUUGAUAAAAUGAUUGCUAUUUACUACCGCAGGGAAAUGCAUGAGAAGAUGUUUGAGGUAUUUGCUGACAUGGAAGAACUUGGCAUUCGACCAACUACUUCAAUCGUUUCAAAUGUUGGAGAUGUAUUUCAGAAGCUGGGUAUGUUGGACAAAUACGAAAAAUUGAAGAAGAAAUAUCCACCAUCGAAAUGGGAAUACCGAUACAUUAAAGGAAAGCGUGUUAAAAUUAGAUCAAAACAUCUUCAUAAACCCGAUGAUGCUGACAAGGCCGAAGAUGGGUUUGAUGAGGAAACUAACAAGAAUUCCAGUGGAAUGAGUAAGGAUACUAGAAUAAAAUCAGAUGAACUGGAUGAUGAAGCUAAUCCACAUGAUAAUUCUGAAGUAAGUUCAGAUGAACUUGAUGUACCUUUAAACUUUUCUUAACUAGCCAAAGAUUCUUUAUGUAUCAUUUCCUAAUGUCAUCAAUUUUCUCCUGUUUGGGAUGGGGGAAACCCUCAUGGAUUCUGGGUUGGGAUUUGUUAUUUAUUAUUUUAUUUUUUUGAAGGGUAGGGAUUUGUUAUAACUUAUAUUAUUCCAGAUAAAAUGGGAAAUGAUAAAACAGGACAUUUUAUGGUUGAGAUGUCCUGGGGUUGGUGAUUAUAGAAAUCAUCUGGGAUCUACAGUCAAGGUCCAUCUUGAAGCAAGAUAACACAUAUUACCCCCACUUUUAUUUAUUUAUUUAUUAUUAUUAUUACCCUUUUUUUUUUUUUUGGGUGGCUACAAUUCGUGCCGAGGUUCCUUUUGGGUACCAGAAGAAAAAUAAUAAAUCAUAAUAGUCAUUUACUGAAUUGGCUUCACUCCCAGAAGAUAUCAUGUGUUAGUCCUGUGCUAGCUUGUUAGUUUAAUCUCCUAUUUCAAUUACUCCAAAGAAUAUAUAUAAAAAAAAAUAAAAAAAAAUAAAAACAAACAAACAAACAAAAAAACAAAAGAGUCAAAAUUUAAUUCCUUGUGCGUGCAGCCUUUCAAAGUUUUAAGAGUUUUGGUUAGCUUGGUACUAGUAGCAGUUUCUAUAUUAUCUCUUCUUAGCUGACAAACCUAGUCAUUCCAAAAAUCAUGAAUUGAAAACAUAAAUACCCAUACAGUUAAAAACAAAGUACACAUUAGUUAUCUUGUCCUUGGAUUUGCAGUAACAUCAUCAUUUUUGAAUUCUUAAGCUACUUCCAUUUUUUUU